AUGCUUGAAGCCAAGAUAGCAAAAGCAGCAGUACUCAAACAAGUAUUAGAUGCUAUUAAGGAACUUGUAACAGAUGUUAACUUUGAUUGUGAUGAGGAUGGAAUGAAAUUACAAGCAAUGGAUAACUCUCAUGUUGCAUUAGUCGCAUUACUUUUAAGAACGAAUGGGUUUAGUCAAUUUAGAUGUGAUCGAAAUAUGUCACUUGGUAUAAAUGUUGGAUCGUUUCAAAAAGUGGUCAAAUGUGCUGGAAAUGAUGAUAUUGUGACGCUUAGAGCUCAGGAUGAAGCAGAUGUAUUGAAUGUGGUCUUUGAGACUCUAAAUACCGAUCGAGUGGCAGAAUAUGAUAUGAAGAUGAUGGAUAUCGAUAUAGAACAUCUUUCUAUUCCUGAUACUGCAUACGAUGCAGAGAUCACAAUGCCAGCAUCCGAAUUCAGUCGAAUUGUACGAGAUUUAAAAGAAUUAGGAGAAUCGGUUCGAAUUGAAGCAACAAAAGAAGGAGUCAAGUUUUCAGCAGAAGGAGAUAUUGGUAAAGCAAGUGUGACACUUAAACAUACAGAUCCUAAACAGAAAAAAGGAAGCAAAACUGAUAUGAGUGUUUCGAUUAGUUUAAGACAGAGUGUUUCUUUAACUUUUAGUAUCAAGUAUCUUAGUAACUUUACCAAAGCUUCACCUUUGGCUAAUAGAGUGGUGCUUCAUAUGUCGAACGAAGUACCUCUGUUGGUAGAGUACGAUUUCCAGAGUGGAUAUGUUAGAUAUUAUCUUGCACCUAAGAUUGAAGAUGAUUGA